CACGACCACAUCAACUUCGCCAUUACCUUUACUUUACCACAUCCAAAACCUUUUCAAUGGCUCACAUCAUCAGCGGUAUCGUCCAGAACGUCGGAGGUGGCAUUGGCCUCGCAUCAGAAGCCUACAAAGCCCACAAGGCAAAGAAGACACAGUCCAGGGACGAGCAUGCCGCCGGUCAACCCGAGCCAUCAUCGGGCCAUGAACGAUCUGCUUUCGAGUAUGAAGAAGAGGCUUGGGAACUUGACGAAGCCCAAGACGACCUCAUCGGCGUGCCCAAAAACGGAGACAUGGACAAACCUACAGAUCCUGGUACACUGGCAGACACAUUUAUCUCACGUCUCCCGCCCUCAAUACCCACGUCCGCGUUCUCUCAAGAGAAGCUGCCAUUUCCUAUUAUCAUACCACAGCGCAGGCCAAAAGACCGCAGCCGAGGCAUGGUAAGGGCGUAUCCUCCCAUCCUCGAGCAACGCGGUAUCGACCAAGCCAUGUUUAUUGACUUCAUCGAAACCUUCAAUAAGUCGACCCAAGCAACCAAGUGGAUAGCUGCUCUCAAUCUCGCCUCCAUAGGCACCAUGUGGUUACCUACGGUGACCGGACUCCUGGUCUCGAUGGCGAUCACUGCAGCUACAACAGCAGCAAUGGAAGUGCAAGGGAGAUACAAAACCAACGCCUUCUUGCACAAGAUCAACGAGCAGUUCUUCAUGCCCAGAGGACUCUUCUGCCUCGUGUUGACUUGGAAUCCAGACAACCCGGAUGCUCAAGCUACCGUGGAUUUUGAGAGUAUGGCCAGAAAGGUGAUGAGCGGAAAUAGCGGAUUUAUAAGCUCACUUCGCAGUUCCAAUGGCAAAACGCACGGAGAGUUCCAAUGGCCUGAAGUCGCUCCUCUCAUUUAUCCCGGACUCGACACCCUCCUGGCUGCGACAUCGGACGAAGAAGGCAAGGCCAAGAGGUCGUCUUUGAAGAAAAAGCGAGUCUUUGUGGAGGACUACAUGGACAGAAGAGCACAAGCCAAAUUUGCAAUGGACAAUCCAGAGAGUACCCUUGCGGCGGGUCCGAAGCCAAAGUUUUCAUCCCGCUUCGCCGACCCCAGUCAUCCAGCAAACAGCGGUUCACUGGUCGCUCUGAUCUCAGGUGGAGCAGUACAGAUGCCUGAGCGGGGCAACAUGAUGGGCAGUCGUUGCGGAGGUUCCUUUGGUGAUCGUGAUGUUAGGGGCACAGAACGGUUUGACCGUAAUAGCAUUGGAGGAUUCGGCCGAGAAUUUGGUAGCAGGUUUGACCGAGCUGGCGGAGACAGAAGCGAUAGCUUCAUGGUGGACAGCCAGCCUGUAAGAUCUAACAACGACAGCAGAGCGUCCGAACGAGGCCUUGGUGGAAUGCGCGGUGGCCGGGGAGGAGCAAAUGCAGGACCAUUGGGUCUUGUGCAGAAGGUCAUGAAGAAGGUAAAGCACAUCUCUCCCGUACCGAGGUCUUGUACUGACAAGAUCACAGGACGUGUUAUACCUCCUUGUUGUCGACAUGCCGUCCGAUGCUGA